AUGGGUACUGUGCUGUCACUGUCCCCUAGUUACCGUAAGGCAGCGCUAUUUGAGGAUGGCCCAGCCACGGUAGGCCACUACACAGCAGUCCAGAACAGCAAGAACGCCAAGGAUGCUUCCGCCGCCACUGCAAAAUCCCUCAAACGCCCGUCUAUCAUCAGUGUGCUGCCAUGGAAGCGCAUUGUGGCUGCAUCGGCGAAGAGGAAGGGCUCCAAGAAGCUGCAGUCAGACAGUGGGGAUGGUGGGAAAGGGAGCUCGCCGGAUGGCCAUGCUGUUGUCACCACCAAUUCAGCCUCCAACAGCCUAAAGCUGAAGAAGUCUCAGUCCUGUGCAAACCUUUCAUCUUACUCAUCCAACCAGGACCCCUCAGCCACCACCACCACUACCUCCUCCCACCUGCCCACCUCCAAGACCCUGGUUAAUGUAGCUACUGUCGCUGCCAAAAAGAAUUCCCUCACAGGUUCUGGGAUCCAGCCAUCUACUACAGCUGGCACGCCAAAACGUGUCAUUGUCCAGGCCUCCACCAGCGAACUGAUGCGCAGCCUGGGCGAGUUUCUGUGCCGUCGGUGUUACAGACUGAAGCGUCUAUCCCCAACGGAUCCAGUGCUGUGGCUCCGCAGCGUAGACCGCUCUCUCCUCCUACAGGGCUGGCAGGAUCAGGGCUUCAUCACUCCGGCCAACGUGGUCUUCCUCUACAUGCUGUGCCGUGACGUGGUCUCCUCUGAGGUGGCCUCCGAGCGUGAGCUGCAGGCCUCGCUGCUCACCUGCCUCUACCUCUCCUACUCCUACAUGGGCAAUGAGAUCUCCUAUCCGCUGAAGCCCUUCCUGGUCGAGGCAGAGAAGGAAGCCUUCUGGGACCGCUGCCUGGAGAUCAUCAACCGCAUGAGCGGCAAAAUGCUCCAGAUCAACACCGACCCGCACUACUUCACCCAGGUGUUUGCUGACCUGAAGAAUGAGAGCAAGAAAGAGGAGGAGAAGACCAAACUCCUUAUAGGUCUCGAUCGAUAA